CUCAAUAUGGAGCAAAGUGCACUCAGGCUUUUCAUCCUUGCAAGUCUUUUUAAGUUGGACCUCUGUGGGUGGAAGUAUGUCGAUGUAAGGAUGACAUGGUCAGAGGCCACACAAUACUGCAAAAAUCAUUACAUCGAUCCGCCUUCAAUCUGCAACCUGGUGCAACAUGAUCAACUUAUGGCGAAACAUCAAACUUACAUGCGUAAAAAUGCGUGGAUCGUAUCCUACCAAGAUGUGAACGGAACGUGUACAAAAUCGGAACAUCCGUAUGCAGUUAGAACCAGUUGUGUGGUACUAACUGAAAAAGAUUGGCUCAAAAUGAAUUGGCACCAGAAAUACCCUUUCUACUGCUAUAAUGAACAACCGGUCUUGGUGAAAGAAAGCAAGACGUGGGAGGAGGCGAUGGAGCACUGUCGCUACCAAUACACCGACCUGGUGAGCCUCAACACAGGAGAUGAUCUGGUUCAAAUCCUGCAGACCAGCGCGGAAGCUCAGACAAACCACAUGUGGACCGGAAUGCGCUACCUGGCGGGCAGCUGGCUGUGGGUGAACGGGGACAACAUGACAAGCCAGACAUGGGGCAAAGAGGGGCCACCCCAGUGCCCCGCCUGGACUCACCACUGUGGGGCCCUCGCACGAGAGGAAAAGCACCUGGACAGCUGGGACUGUGCAGCCAAACUCAACUUUGUCUGCUUUUAAAAGGUUAUAGAGGUAUGUUGGUGCAUUAUAAGGAUAUCCUAGUAUGUCCCACUCAUUUAGAAAGAUAUAAAGGUAGUCUAAUGUAAAUGUCAGAAAAAGGCAGCAUAUUAUUAUUAUAUACCAUACUUUUCUUAUCCUUUAUAAAAUGGAUUGCUCAAGUUGUCCUUCAUAUAUAUAUAUAUCAGUGUCAGGGAAACUCAUUAAGAGAUGAAAUUGUUGUGAUUUGGAAAUGUAAACAUAAUGAUAUCCAUGUUUAUUGGUAAACUAUUUAACAUAAAUGAUCAAAUGGUUUAAUUGUGACUCAUUACCUGCCUAUGGCAUUUGUUAUGUACAU